AAGAAAGAGGAACUUGAAGCGACGACAAUGGCAAGCGAGGUUCGUGUUCGUCACACCAGUACCAGCAGCAACACCAAUCCAGACAAACGACCUCGUUCCAUCUUCGACGUCCCCUCCGAAUUCUUCGAUUCGUGCCGUCUCUCUCAAUCUCCAGCUUCCUCUUCUGAGUCACUCGAAACACCUCCAAAUUCUACUGCCAAAACCCUAGAAAACGAUGAAGCAGAGACCGAAGAGCGAAGCUCAAAGAAUGAUCUUUGUAAAUGGUCCUGCAAUAACUGCAAGGCCGAGUUCGAAUCGCUCCAAGACCAACGUUCUCAUUUCAAGUCUGACAUCCAUCGAUUAAACAUAAAGCUAAGUAUUGCUGGAAAGGAAACUGUGAAGGAGGAGGAUUUUGAUGAUUCAACCUGUGAUUCUUUUUUCAAAGACUAUGACGUAUCGAGUAUAUCAGGAUCAGAAGAUGAAGAUGACAAGGAAUCCUCCCUCCGCAAUGAUGUACAUAGGAGAUUGAUUGAAAGUGGUAAAAAUAAAAUAUUUGUGUAUCUGCAGACAGGGGAGAGGGUUUCAGUUUUGAAAAGUUUGCUUUUGGAUGAAUCCGAGAAUAUUUCAUUUGAGAAGGAUAAAAGUGUUGCAAUGGACAAUGGCGGGUGCAUUCCUUACUUGACGGAGAGGGAAAUGAUUGAAAAAUUGAAGUAUUUGAUCCAUGAGCCUAGAAAUAAUACCCAUUUAAGAGUUGUGUUGCUUGUAAGUGGUGGGCACUUUGCUGGAUGUGUCUUUGAUGGUAAUUCUGUUGUUGCUCGUAAAACAUUCCACAGAUACGUUGUAAGGGCCAAGGCUGGCAAAAAACAGUCAUCAAAAGAUGCAAGUGGCAAGACUGCACAUUCUGCUGGAGCGUCACUUCGUCGAUAUAAUGAACUUGCACUGAAAAAGGAAAUUCAAGAAUUAUUCGUUGCUUGGAAGCCUUAUUUUGAUGCUUCCUCUUGUAUUUACAUUUAUGCUCCUUCAAACAAUCGGCAACUGCUUUUUGAUGGAGAAAAACCAUAUUUUAGUUGUCAGCAUCGAGUUGUUCGUAAUGUUCCAUUAGCUGUCCGAAGACCUACCUUAAAGGAAGCACGGCGAAUAUAUAAUUUGUUGACACAAGUUUCCUAUGAGGUAGAUGAGGAAACUGAACCUCUCAUCAAAGUGGAUUCACUUUUAGGUGCAAGCAUUAUGAGCGAUGGCUUCCAAGUGUCCGGCAAAGAGAAAGCUGGGGAUAAUCUGGAAUGUAGGGAAACUUCUGAAGCUUCUUUAGGUGUCAAAAAAAUUGCUGAUUUGUCCAUAUCAAGUGAGAGUGAGAGUGAAGUAAUUGGCACAUUAACGCCUUUGCAUGAGGCAGCAAAGUCUGGCAAUGCCCAAAAAGUAUUGGAAUUCCUAGAACAGGGUUUGGAUCCUUGCAUUACAGAUGAAAGGGGGCGGACUCCAUAUAUGCUUGCAACCGAGAAGGAAGUCAGGAACACUUUUAGGCGGUUCAUGGCCUCAAACCUUGACAAAUGGGAUUGGCAAGUUGCUAAAGUGCCCAGUGCAUUGACGAAAGAAUUGGAAGAAUCUCAGGCUUCCAAGCAGGCCGAGAAAGAUGCCAAGAGGAAAGCAAGAGCAAAAGAAUUGAAGAAAUUACGCAAAGCAAAAGAAAAGAAGGCUCAGACUGAGGCUGCUCUAUCCCAGACUGCUCCAAAAGCCUCAGAGAAACAGGUGGCCACUAUCUCAGGCAUUAAAGGACAGUCUCAAUCUCGUACUGGAGCACACAUAUCUAAAGAGGAGGAACUGAAAAUGGCACAAGCUGCGGAGAGGGAAAAGAGAGCUGCUGCUGCCGAGAGAAGGAUUGCAGCCCUCAAUGCUCAAUGGUCUGGCACGAACGUCGCACCAAGCAGUUCACAGCCCAAGGGGGUGGUAACAACUGAUAUUAAUUGUUCAUGUUGUAAUGCGUCAUUGGUCGGUAAAGUUCCUUUUCACAGGUAUAAUUACAAAUACUGCAGCACCUCAUGCAUGCAUGUCCACAGAGAGAUGCUUGAGGACGGAUAAAAUACCAGUUUUAAAUUAUUUAUUUACAGUGUACUUUCGUUUUUACCAGUUGCAGUUCCUUGUUCCCAAAUUUUUGUUCUUAAUACCUCACUGUUUUCUAUAUGGUUAAAUAAAUCUUGAACACUUUUUUUCUAUA